AUGGAAGGUCCAGGUAUGAGCUUGUUUCAAGGUGCUGCAAGCAUUCACAUAAACAAUAGUGCUCAAGAUAGGCUUGAAGAACAGGAGGAGCUCGAAGACCAAAAACGUCUAAAUGAAGAGCUGAAACAUAAUUUGGCCAAUGCUUUCGACGACCUUCAAGAUGAUGAUGAAAAUAGUUCUGUUAAUAGCAGUGGAAAUUACACACUUGAUGCAACUCGUCAGAAUGGUAUUCAACACCCAAUCAGAACCGGACUACCACCAACAUAUGUGGAGUCGCUUAAUCAUUUGAAAGAAAUUCAACACACUUCUGAAUCUCCAAAACCUUAUUGUGAGACUCCAAAAACCCAUUUGCAAAGCUUACGAACUCAAGAGGAUGGUUUGAAGCUAGGAUACAGUCCAUAUGGUGCUGGAGAUGGCCAAAAUCAUUACUUUCAUCAAGAAUUCAGAGGACAUAUGAAUGGCCUUAACAAUUUUGAUGCGAGACAAGAAUACAUGAAUCAUGAGCAAUUGCAAGUAAUGUAUGAAAUGAGGAUAAAAGAAUGUCAACAAUUUGCUGCAAAAAUAGAGAAACUUGACAGUGAUAUAGACGGUCUGCGCGCGCGCCUGACCGCCGCCGUGCAUGACAAAAAUAAAGCUGAACUAUCCUUAGAAGAAGCCCAUCACUUGCUUGCUUCAAGCAAGCACAAGUCGAUAGAGCUGGAACAGCAAAUAACAUCACUCAACAACAAGUUGGUGGAAAGUGAAGAAGACAAACAACAAUUGAGGUUGGAACUCCGAGCUGCCAAUGUUGCGUUACAAGAAACACAACAAAGAUUGCACACUAUGCAGGUAGCUCAUUCACAUGACACUGACGCGCUAUUCAGAGAACAGCAAGACAGACAUCGUGAAGAAAUGGAUAGACUACAGAAUGAUUUGAUUAACGCUAAAAGCAGAUUAGAUGAAAAAGAUAACGAAAUAAAAAUUCUCGAAAAACGAUGUAAGGAACGAGAUCGAGAGAAAGAGGAGAUUUUAAUAGAAAAAGGGGCGACAAUAAACAGACUUGCAAAUGAAUUAGACGCGGCUCAGAAACGACUGUUGAAUGGCGAGAGCGCCAGGUUGAAGGAGAAAGUACUGCAGUUGACUACCGAGAGGAACGCUGCGCGGGAACAAGUUAAAGAACUCGGGUCUAAGCUGGAACUGACGGCGCAAGAGCUGGUGGCGUGCCGCGGCAAGGCGGCGGCGGCGGCGCGCGAGCUGGAGGCGUGGCGCGCCGCGCUCGCGCACCUGCUCGCCGACCUCGCGCCCGACGCCGCCGGCCCCGGCGAUCCCCCGUCUCCUGGAAGAUUAGCGACACUAAAAGAAGUAUUGAACCGCUACAAACAACAAUUACAGAAAUUGUCUACUAUGCAAGAGGAAAUUAACAAACGAGAUAAACGUCUGGAACAACAUCGAAAACAAGAAUCUGAAAUGCGAUCUAAAUUGGAAGAACAAAAAGGCAUAGAGAUGCAGCUGAACUCCAAGCUGGCAGUGCUUCAGAAUAAGCUGGAGCUACUCGGAACCAACUCAGAUAGUGAGCUGAUAGAAAGAUAUAAGCAACAGAAUGAACAGUUGAGAAAAGAUGUAGAAGAUGCUAGGGCAGAAGUUAAAAAUCUAGAACUAAAGUAUACAGAAUUAGAAAUGGAUUAUGAGAAACUAAAAACAGAGAAGGGCAGCCGCGCGUCCCUCGUGCAGGAGGCCAACGCCGACCUCCUGCGCGAGCUGGAGAAGUACAACGGACAGCUCAAGGAAACACUACGGGAUAAUGGAGAGUUAAAGACAUUGUAUUUACAGGUAUGUACUGCGCGUGAUGCAAUAUCUCGAGAACUGAAAGAAGUACAAACGAAAGCUCAAAGAGAAAUAGAACAGUACAGAUCACAAGAAAGAGAUUAUAUAGAGAGGAUAGAGAAAGAGAAGCGUCAAGUAGAGAAAUUAACAUUAGACUUAACAAACGCUAAAGAUGAGUUGGAAAGAGCCAACAAGAGAAUAUCGGAACUUCAAAAAGAGUUUACAGACAAACAGAAGGAGUUUACUGACAAACUUAAUAAGUUUUUGGAAGAUGAAAAAACAGCGAUGCGUAAAGAAAUAGAAGCGUGCGCGAAGUGCGAGCAGCAGCUGAAGCACAUCCGCGGCCUGGAGGAGCAGCUUGUCAAGUGCAACGUUAAAUUAGCGGCGCAAGAAAGUAACGAAACCUUAAUGAAAGAACUGAGAGGCAAAGCAGAAUUCUUUCAACAAUACAUAAUGGAGAGAUAUAAGAAGUUAAGUGACCUUCGCACCGUGGGCACCAACACUGAAGAUAACACUCGCCCUCAAAGUCCUGCUAGCGGUGAAGAAACUGUACAAGAAUCGGAUGAUGUAUUGGAAGCAAAGACGGUCCUGAUGAUGAAAGAGAAGGCAAUACGUGAACAGAUAGCUGAAAAAUUCACACUUGAAAUAAAAACUAUAGAAAUGAACUGCGCAAGACGAUUGAAAGAAAUGGAAACAGAACAACUCGGUACUGUCACAAAACUAAAGGAUUUGUUAGAAAGGAAAGCCAAAGAAGUCGAUACAUUGAAGGAAUUCAUACUCUCUGAGAGAGCUAAAGUGACGCAAAUAUUAGAGUCCAAGGAAAAUGAAAUAUCGGUACUUAUUAAAGAGCAUAAUGUAUUAAGAAAUGAGUGUCAGAAAGCUAAAGAAGAUGUUGUCGAAUGGAGAAUGAAAGCGGAGAAAUAUAAAGAUAAUUUAUCUCGUUUGGGUUCUUUAGAAAAUAUAUUGAAGAAAGAAAAAGAACAUUUUAAAGCGAAAACAAGUUCCGAUGCGAAAGAAUGUCAGGUAUUAAAGAAUAAAUUAAAAGAUUUACAGUCUAAUUUGUCACAAGUUGAGCAGAAGUAUGUUAAUCUACAAGGCGAUUAUCACGUACUGCAAGAGAAGUACAAGAAUGUUAAGAGAACUGCUUUAACUUAUAAGGAGUACAUGGCGAAGAAAGACACGCACAUCAACAAUGAAAUAAACAGAAUAACGGACGAGUACAGGAAGAUAUUCGUAAAGCUGCAGAACCAGAUCAACUACUACGUGAGCCACCGCGCGCCGCGCGCCGACGACUACACACAAAAAUUAAACGAAUUGACAGAAGACUUCGCGCGCCUCACGCAGACUAAUUUCAAGGAGCCGCCGCCUUCGCAC